AGAUAUAGAUAUCAUAGAAAUCACAAGAACUACCCAAAUUGCAAAGUUGGAAGAGCUAAGAUGGUUUACAUUAAAGAAUCUAAGGAACGUUCGAAUAAAAGAAUAAUUGUUGGAAUGGAAGCUGGUGUUGUUGCUGUGACAGCUGUUGCAGCUAUUGUUCUUAUGUCUGUCCAUUUUGGACCAAAAAUUACAACAGAAGCAUACAAGGUUGUGCAUCAAACAUUCAAAUCUGACGAAGGGGACAUAUUUGAGGAGGAGACUAAUGUAACCAAAACAGAGGUUGACGUGCGGAUUUCUAAUAUGGCAGAGGUCAUCUAUGAUUACGAACAUGGCAUAGUUGUUACACGAUUUGUUGAUAGGGAGAGUAAUACUCAAAGCGAAUGUAUUGCACAGCAUAUGAAUGAGACAGAAGCUCCAAGUCUUGACCCUAACGAGUAUUCAAAUGGAGAGGUUGACAUUCACCAAAAAAAGGAUAACGAGACUGACAAGAAAGAGUGGGUAAGGACAGAUAUUGAGGUUCCGCAAUAUCUGAUUUCUGAAAAGGUUGAAGGAAUGUGCAAGGAAUCGAAAAUAUAUUGGAUGAAAAGUAAUUGUUGUAAAACCACUUUCAAAAUGUUACAUAAAGUUAUAUUUAUGUAUCCCAUUGUUAAAUCAAACGAAUUAAACGAUCAUAUAGAUUUUCUUCGAGCAGUUAAAUGUGAUCGUAUAAGUAAAAUCAUUAGAAAUUGUUAA